AUGGGGGUUCCCUGGCCAGGACCAACCUUCAGGCUCUCCCUGGUGCCCCAGCAGCCCCAGGCAGGCAGGGUCCAGCUGCACACGAGUGUCUGUCUGUCCUGCCCCCACCAGCACGGCCUCGAGGACACGGCAGCAGAGUGCCAGAGGCUGGGAGCCCCCGUGCAGACCUUCCUGGUGGACUGCAGCAAGAGGGAGGAGAUCUACAGCGCUGCCGAGAAGGUGAAAAAGGACAUUGGGGAUGUCACCAUCCUGGUGAACAAUGCAGGUGUGAUUACAGCUGCCGACCUGCUCUCCACUCAGGACCACCAGAUUGAAAGAAUGUUUGAAGUCAACAUCCUUGCUCACAUGUGGACCACCAGAGCUUUUCUGCCAGCCAUGAUGAAGAACAACUACGGUCACAUCGUCACGGUGGCUUCAGCAGCAGGUCAUUUUGGGACUUCUUUCAUGGUGGCUUAUUGCUCCAGCAAGUUUGCUGCAGUUGGAUUUCAUAAAGCUCUGACAGAGGAGCUGUCUGCCCUGGGGAAGGAUGGAAUCAAAACCACGUGUCUGUGCCCAGUGUUUAUAAACACGGGGUUUGUCAAAAACCCCAGCACAAGGCUUGGGAAGAUUCUGGAGACUGAAGAAGUUGCAGAGGCCCUGAUGGAGGGAAUACUGACCAACCAGAAGAUGGUGUUUGUGCCACCACAUCUAAGCUUUGCAUUGCUUUCUGAAAUGCUGUUUCCAGAACGUGCCCUGAAUGUGCUGAAAAAGCUGAAUGAAGUCAAGUUUGAUGCAGUCAUUGGGCAGAGAAGCACCCAGUGA